UGGAUUUUAAUCUGGAUCUGUAGAAGAAAAAAAAUGUCAAAACAAACAUUAACUUUUUCACCACGAAAAAGAACGAAUUUUAUUAUUUCAAUGAUAACUACAUUCUAGUUCAUACGACCAAUCUAAGCAAAUUCAGUUGCUGAACAAUGCCGGCGCUGCCGCAGCCCGGGCACAGCCCGCUGGUGGCGAGCGCGGUGGAGGCGCGCGCGGCGGCCGGGCGGCGCGAGCGCGCGCUCUGCUGGGCCGCGGUCAACGCCGCGCUGCUCGCGCUGUUUGUCGGAGAUCUUUGGAUGGCGUGCCCGGGGCACACGUCGGCGCUGCACGCGGUGGAGCUGGCGGCGGCGGCGCUGCUGGCGGGCUCGCUGCUGCUGCACGCCGCCCGGCUGCUGCCGCCGCGCCGCAAGACCAGCCUCACCGCCCGCCAGGCGCGCCUGCUGGGGCUCGACGACUCCACGCUAGACUCAUCAUUCCGCAUUGUGGAGACGAGUGAGCUGAGCUCGUCGAGCGGCGCGCUGCGGGCGGCGGGCGAGGACACGUCGCUGCUGUCCCUGUCGCGCUCGUGGAGCUCCGCGGGGGAGGAGGGCGGCGCGGGGGCGGGGGCGGGCGGGGGGUCGCCGCGCGGCGGGGCGGGGGGAGGAGGGUCGCCGCGGGGCGCACGCACGCCGCCGCUGCAGGACCACUUCAUCGCCGACGCCACCACGCUCGAGGAGUACUUGAGGUCGGUGAGUCCGACGGAGUCCCCCCCCGCGCCGCCCGCGCCCCCCGCGCCCCCCGCGCGCCCUGCGCCGCGCUACCAGCUCGCCACUGUCUCCACCGAGAGCGGCGGCGGCGAGGCGGGGGGCGCGGAGGCGGGCGGCGCGCUGUGGCGGCGCCUGCGCGUGGACCCCGCGCGCCUCACCACGUACAACCUCAACCUGCGCCGGUGGCUGCACAUGACGAUCCUGGCGCGGCUGGAGCGCGAGCUGGAGGCGGCGGGGGGCGGGGCGGGGGGCGCGGGGGCGGCGCGGCUCGAGCCCUACCUGCAGCCGCGCGCGCACCAGGCCUACGUCGCGCAGCGGAUACGAGAGCUGGCGCGCGGCGGCUGCCUCAGCGCCUACAAGUGGGACGGCGGCGGCGACGACUGGAACGACUCCAAGCCCACCGACGCGGAGAUAAUAAUGCACCUGUUCGCGACGUACGUGGACAGCCAGGCGCCGCGCGUGGCGGCGGCGGCGGGGGCGGGGGUGGCGGGGGGCGCGGGGGCGUUCUCCGCGCGGCACGUGUCGGCCGCCCCCGCGCGCCCCCCGCGCUCCCCGCGCACGCUCGCGCUGCACCGCGCCUCCUCCCGCCCCCCGCACUACCUGCUGCUGCUGGGCGAGGACACCAUCGAGGUGUGCUCGGGGCGCAACAACGUGUUCCACACGCUGCUGGUGUUCCUGGCGGCGGCGGCGCGGGGCGCGGGGGGCGGGGGCGGCGGCGCGGUGGCGGGGGGGCUGCAGCUCGGCCGCGCCGGGCUCAACCUGCUGUGGGUCAUCGGACAGUAGCCGCCCGCACCGCAUCACGACUCUACCAAGUGCCACUGACUACUAUGCGGGUGUACACACCCGAUAUUGUAGAUCAUUACGUUUCCUGUUAGUUGUAUAAAUGGUUUCGACUAUAAAUAAUUACUUAAUAUUUUUGCAUCCGACUAAGUAUAGUUUUAACUAUCUUUUAAGUAAGUAUUAAUAACGAGUCUGCGUUGUUCUAAGAUAAGAUAAGAUUAGGAUUUUUUUAUUUGUAAGCCUGAAGUGAUUUUAAAAUAAAAAAUAAUUGAAGAUA